AUGGAGAUGGUGGAGAUGAAGGAGAUCGAGGUGGUGGAGGAGGAGAUGGUGGAGAUGAAGGAGAUGAAGAAGGAAGUGGAGGAGAUGGUGGAGAUGGAGGUGGAGGAGAUGGUGGAGAUGGAGGUGGAGGAGGAGGAGAUGGUGGAGAUGGAGGUGGAGGAGGAGGAGAUGGUGGAGAUGGAGGUGGAGGAGGAGGAGAUGGUGGAGAUGAAGAAGGAAGUGGAGGAGAUGGUGGAGAUGGAGGAGGAGAUGGUGAAGAUGAAGAAGGAAGUGGAGGAGAUGGUGGAGAUGAAGAAGGAAGUGAAGGAGAUGGUGGAGAUGGAGGAGGUGGAGAAGGAGAUGGUGGAGAUGGAGGAGGUGGAGAUGAAGGAAGUGAAGGAGAUGGUGGAGAUGAAGGAGAUGGUGGAGAUGGAGGAGGUGGAGAAGGAGAUGGUGGAGAUGGAGGAGGUGGAGAUGAAGGAAGUGAAGGAGAUGGUGGAGAUGAAGGAGAUGGUGGAGAUGGAGGAGGUGGAGAAGGAGAUGGUGGAGAUGGAGGAGGUGGAGAAGGAGAUGGUGGAGAUGGAGGAGGUGGAGAAGGAGAUGGUGGAGAUGAAGUGGUGA